AUGUCGCGCCCAUUUCCAUACACCUAUAUCUCGUGCCCCUGUGCCGAUACCCGGGUCCCUGACCCGGAAAGGAAGCGGAGGUCCAGGGAGUCCCCGCGAAAACCGACCCCAGAACGACCGGAGACUUCCCAGCCAGAAGACUCGGAGAAAACUAAGAAGGAGGAGAUUCAAACGGCACAGGAUGAGGAUGAAGAACAGACAUUCAAUCCCAGAUCCCCAAGGUCCAAUUUCUCACUAUACCCACCGGAGCAGCUGCUGUAUUGUGAGGAUUGUCACCAGAUCAAGUGCUCUCGAUGCAUAACAGAGGAAAUUGUAAGCUGGUAUUGUCCGAGCUGUCUAUUUGAGACACCAAGUAGCAUGGUGAAAAGUGAUGGAAAUCGAUGUGGUCGCAACUGCUUCAAUUGCCCUGUCUGUACAUCUCCAUUGGCUGUCAGCACCCUUGAAAACGUGACAGGCAAUGGUACUCAACAAGGUCCGUGGGUAUUGUCUUGCGGCUACUGCAUGUGGACGACGCUCGACAUCGGCAUCAAGUUUGACAAACCAACCAAUAUUCGCAACCAACUGCAAAAGAUGACCGAUGCCACGGCAGCACCUGCAUUUGAUACCCGAUCAAGACAAGGCUCUCGCGCCUUUGGGGAUUUGAAAUCUCCUUUGUCGACUUUGACUUCUAUUGCGGAUGGACAGCCUGCUCCUAAAGAGGGAGGCGAAGAUACACCCGCAUCAAAGGAGGAACCAUCGGAGACUGGUCCUUCAAACACAGAUGCUCGCUUCGCAGCCUUGAAGUCCUUCUAUCGUACCCAAAUCUCAGAGACAUCGACUUCUCCCAGCGACCCUCUAGGCUCAGACUUCGGGUUCUCAUCACCAGGCGCUCUGAACCGGCUCAUGUCUCUCUACGCCUCCUCAUCUCGCCUAAGCGGACUCUACGGCGGUAACAAGAAAACCAAAUCAAAGCCACCAGUAAUGCGAGAGGCGCUUACCGCAAGCGAGGGUCUACGCAUCGCAUCCGAAACCGAAGAAAGUGCCAUAAUUCAGCGACUCGCUUCUGCAGAUGGCGGCUGGGACAGCGUCGCAUCAAUCGAGCAACGCUCGCAACAAUCCCCAGAUGUGCGUUUCGUCGACGAGCUCCUCCCACUACCAGCACUCCUCCGUACCAAGCGAUCCAAGCGCUGCAAAUCCUGCAAGCAUAUUCUCGUGAAACCAGAGACGAAGCCCCAGUCUACACGGUUCCGUAUUCGUCUCAUUGCACUUAGUUACAUCCCCCUCCCGACUCUCCGUCCACUUGCUCUGCCUGCUUCCAUGACUGCUCCUCCACCACCGCCUCAAGAUCUUAAUGCCUUGCCUCCACUAAGACCAGUUCAUGUGUUACUCACACUAAAGAAUCACAUGUUCGAUCCUGUUCGCAUCACGCUCGCUACGCCCUCUGUAACACCAGGUCGUGUCGCGAGCAGAGUCACCGUGCUUUGUCCUCAGUUCGAUAUUGGCGCAAACAGCGAUGUAUGGGAUGAGGCGUUGCAGGGUGCUUCGGCUCCUGUUACGGGUGAUUCGCGGAUGACGAGUCUACGAGCUCAUGAGAAAGUGCCCGAGGCAGGUAAAGUUUGGGAUAAGGGUCGAAACUGGACAACCGUUGUACUAGAAGUUAUUCCGGGGACAUUGCCUGGUUCCGAGGCUGAGACUUCUACUGUUGGAGGUAAUGAGGGGGAUGAGGGUGUGGUGAAUGGUUCAAACCAGGAUGAGGAUGUACUGGAGAUUCCGGUCUUUGUGCAUAUGGAGUGGGAUGCGGAGGCACAGCUUGAGCAGCAGAAUGUGGGUAAGGCUUCGAAGCCUGAUGAUCUGGUUGCGAGGGAAUUGGCUUACUGGAUGGUACUGGGUGUUGGAAGGAUUCAGGAUUCCUUUUAA